AUGUGGAUUGGGGAUGUCCCGUUUCAGCUCAGCAUACUCACCCUUCCAGAGCAACUGCUCGUUUCACUAUAUUUCCCAUCAGCCUACAUUAUCAAAAUCUACCCGAAAAACGUCAAAAGUUCCCCGCAGACUUCUGUAGAAGGGACCGGUGCAACGGUAUCUAACGAAAAACUGCGGGGUAAUGUGUCGACAUUCAAACUCCCUACAUCCGAGAUUGCAGAGAUGGUGGCGGGAAAUCUUGUACCUCAACCGUCAAUGCUCUUAGCAGCCACAAUCGGUGUCACUUUCGUGGGUGCAGGUUCGACUGCUCUGGGUUGCAUGCCCGGUCUCUUUCGAGUUCGACGACAGCGCGUUUUCGAGGCACUCAUGUGGCUCAAAGAAAAUAAUCCUCUAUACAGCGAAGUCAUCAUUUCGCAAGAGAGAUUGAAACAAUUACCUGAGAAUGGAGUACCAGAGGAAAUCAUGCAAUCGGUGCGGUAUUCAGGCGACGUGGACGCGGUUGGGAGAGAGCAUGCCGGAUAUGUCCCAAUGGAGGAGGAAGAAGAAGGGGAACCGGAGGAAUUCAACGAAAGUGAUGAGCUUGCCAUGGGUGAAAUGACUAUCGAAGAACAGGAAGAACUAUCAAGGCGCUAUAAUUCUGACGAGAUCGAGAGUGUCAUCGCUCAGUUGGAUUCAGAUGUUUUGGGAGUCGAAGACGAUGUGGAGGGUCAAGAAAAUAUCGCCGAAUUUACAGAAGAUCGAAAUGUAUUUCCUCUGCAAACACAUGGCGUAAUCGACGUGGGCGGGGAGAAUAUACCUGAUGCAACUUUGUUUGCUCACGCAGUGGAAAACUCCAUUCCCGCCACCUUCGCGCAAGACUACGGGGUGCGGAAAGGGAAUGCUUUUGUAAACGAGUUCGCACGAAGGGACGAAAACGAGGAGCGAUUUGACGGUGGUCCAUCGAAUCCAAAUCACCUCUUGGGAGCGUUUCCCAUGCUUUUCCCGUACGGACGCGGAGGUUUUGAAGUGGAUCGAAAGGUCAAGGUCACCUAUGAAGAGCACGUUAGGUGGGCCCUCCAACACGAGUCGGGCCGAUUCCGGCGCCACACAUCUUUUAUCUUUCAAGUCUUUGGCGUUCUCUGGAAGCGCCAAGUAUGCCGAUCUACCUCUCUCCUGAUCGACCAUGAUGCAUUUGUCGCCAAUCAGGAGGACUUCAUGAAAUUGAGGCCCAAAGACUUGUUAGAAGCCAGCGAAGAAGAGAAUCACAAGGUUACGAUUUCGAAUCCGACCAUCCGACUCUUGCGCCGGUAUAUAUCAACUGUCCGAGCCAAAGUCCCAGGUACAGACGAAAACAGAGUAUCUAUUCGCUCUCAAAUCUGGGGAAUGUCAUUGAAAUUCAAUCCACCAUCGAUUUGGAUGACGAUUAACCUCGCUGAUACAAGCGAUCCAAUCGCACAAGUUCUGGCGGGUGUUGAAAUUGAUUUGGACAAGUAA